GCGCCUGCGCAGUGGCUCCGAGCGGGCGGUUGCCUGUUGGUUGUUGUAGUAACCGGGGAAGCAGCCGUCUGCGGCUGCUGUGAGCCCGGCAGGGGAAGGAGAAGGAAGGUAGGCGCAGAGCGCGAUCCCCGCCUGCCUGCCCCGGGCCAUGGGAAGAUGAGCCAGGAAUCUGUGCCACCCAAAUUGUUUGAUCCAGUGAAUCUGCAAGGAAAGGUCUCUGAGGCCCUGUCUGUUGACUGUAUGACAAACCCCAAAGGAAAUGCCAGUCGUGAUGGCUCGGGACCUGGAAGAAACAGCAUCAUCCUCAGAGGAUGAGGACGUGGUAAACCACGAGGAUCAUCCAUGUAUCAUGUGGACUGGAGGCUGCAGGAGAAUUCCAGUUUUGGUAUUCCAUGCUGAGGCUAUUCUAACAAAGGACAAUAAUAUUCGAGGAAUUGGAGAACGCUAUCAUUUAUCUUACAAGAUUAUACGAACGGACAGUCGCCUGGUGCGCAGCAUUCUGACAGCCCAUGGAUUUCAUGAAGUUCACCCAAGCAGCACUGACUAUAACCUCAUGUGGACAGGAUCCCACCUGAAGCCCUUCUUACUUCGUACCCUCUCUGAAGCACAAAAGGUUAAUCACUUCCCCAGGUCGUAUGAACUAACCCGGAAGGACCGACUGUACAAAAACAUCAUUCGAAUGCAGCACACACAUGGAUUUAAGGCUUUUCACAUCCUGCCUCAGACCUUCCUCCUUCCAGCUGAGUAUGCGGAAUUCUGUAAUUCAUAUUCAAAGGACCGGGGACCUUGGAUAGUAAAACCAGUGGCUUCCUCUAGGGGGCGCGGCGUCUACCUGAUCAACAAUCCAAACCAGAUUUCCCUGGAAGAGAACAUCCUGGUCUCCCGUUACAUCAACAACCCCCUGCUCAUAGAUGAUUUCAAGUUUGAUGUGCGCCUCUACGUGCUGGUGACUUCCUAUGACCCUCUUGUUGUCUAUCUCUAUGAAGAAGGGUUGGCCAGGUUUGCAACUGUACGAUAUGAUCAAGGAGCCAAGAACAUUCGGAACCAGUUCAUGCACCUGACCAACUACAGCGUGAACAAGAAGAGUGGAGACUAUGUCAGUUGUGAUGAUCCUGAAGUGGAGGAUUAUGGAAACAAAUGGAGCAUGAGUGCUAUGCUUAGGUACCUGAAACAAGAAGGCAGAGAUACAACUGCGUUGAUGGCCCAUGUAGAAGACCUGAUCAUAAAGACUGUAAUCUCUGCUGAACUAGCUAUUGCUACGGCCUGUAAAACCUUUGUUCCUCAUCGCAGCAGUUGUUUCGAACUCUAUGGAUUUGAUGUGCUCAUAGAUUCUACUCUGAAGCCAUGGUUGUUGGAAGUAAAUCUCUCUCCUUCUUUGGCCUGUGACACACCUCUGGACCUCAAGAUUAAAGCCAGUAUGAUUUCAGAUAUGUUCACUGUUGUAGGAUUUGUGUGCCAAGAUCCUGGCCAGAGGGCAUCAAGCCGGCCAAUUUACCCCACCUUUGAGACUUCCAGGAGAAACCCUUUUCAGAAGCCUCAGCGUUCCCGUCCACUCUCUGCCAGUGAUGCAGAAAUGAAAAACCUCGUGAGCUCAGCCCAGGAGAAGAUGGCGGGGAAGUUAGGUGGUUCAGUGCUUGGUCUGUCAAUGGAAGAGAUCAAAGUUCUACGGAGGGUGAAGGAAGAGAACGAUCGGAGAGGUGGAUUUAUUCGCAUAUUCCCUACAUCAGAAACAUGGGAAAUAUAUGGGUCCUACCUCGAGCACAAGACCUCCAUGAACUAUAUGCUGGCAACACGUCUCUUCCAGGACAGACUGGCUUCUGAUGGCGCACCAGAGUUGAAGAUAGAGAGUAUGAAUUCAAAGGCCAAGCUGCAUGCUGCCCUUUAUGAGAGGAAGCUGCUGUCUCUAGAGGUGCGAAAACGUAGACGCAGAGGUGGCAGAUUGAAAACAAUGAGGCCAAAAUACCAAGUGACUACCCAGCCAGCUGAAAUGAAUGUUAAAACUGAGACAGAGAGUGAAGAGGAGGAAGACGCUGCAAUAGACAAUGAAGAUGAAGAGCAGGAAUCUUCCCUGGAGGAGUCUGCAGGGCCCCUUGGAGAAAAUCAAGCCAAGUACCCAUCCUCACUGACCGUUCUGGUGGAAAAUUCACCCAGAGAAACUGCUUUGAAAGUUCCUGACUGGAAUAAUAAAGGGGAACAGAGCUGCAAAGCUGGGUCUCAGGAGCCAGAGCCUCCAUUUAACCUGAUGCAGAUUCUACAAGAUAAUGGAAAUCUUAGCAAAGUGCAGGCCCGAAUAGCAUUCUCUGCCUAUCUCCAGCAUGUUCAAAUGCGCCUGAUGAAAGACAGUGGAGGUCAAACGUUCAGUGCCAGUUGGGCUGCCAAAGAGGAUGAACAGAUGGAGUUGGUGGUUCGUUUCCUUAAGCGAGCGUCAAGCAACCUCCAGCAUUCACUGGGUGUGUCGCUCCCCAGUCAACGACUGGCACUUCUGGAACGCAGGAGAGCCCUGGCCAAGCACCUGGCUGACUUUAUUUUUAUGUAUAACAAGGAAACAGAACAAAUGGCUGAAAGGAAAUUGAAGAAGAAACUUGAGGAAGAAGAAGAAGAUGGGGUGAACGCAGAAAACUUUGAAGAGUUCAUCAGACAAGCAAGUGAGGCUGAACUGGAAGAAGUGUUGACUUUUUAUACCCAAAAAAACAAGUCUGCAAGUGUGUUCCUGGGGACUCACUCCAAAAGCUCUAAGGACAGCAGCAGUUGUUCUGAUAACGGGGCAAAAGGUGAUCACCCUGAGACAGUGGAAGAAGUAGAAACAAAUGAACCCCAACAGCAAAACGCAACAGACAUUGAUUCUGAUGAAUUAUCUCGCUUUGCCACUUCAGCAGAAAAAGAGACUGAAUUCGAGUACACCACUUCUCCCUCUCCUUCUUUUCCUGGUCCUGCUGCUACUGUUCUGCAGAAAAUUCCCAGCGCCCGUUUGUCAUCUACUACGACCUCUGACCUCCCGCCAGGGCCUUGCCACGAUUCUUUAUCUCAAAUUCCUCCAUCUAUCGCCAGCAUGCCUCACCAGUCAUCAGUUUUACUGAACCCAGUAAACCAUGCUGCGCCCGCCAUCCAUCCUGGGACACACAAUAUACCGAGCCCCGCUGGCCUGCCUCGCUGUCGAUCAGGCAGUUACACCAUUGGCCCCUUUUCCUCUUUCCAAAGUGCCGCAUACAUCUACAGCCAGAAAUUGUCUCGUCCCUCUUCAGCAAAGGCAGGUUCAUACCAUUCAAGCAAGCACCAUUCAGCAGUAACCAAAGCACAAAGGGAGGGCGAGGAUGGUUCUUCCUACAGCAAAUGGUACAGCCACAAUAUGGUCACAGCUGAACUUCAGCGGCUAGCAGAGAAGCAGGCGGCCCGGCAGUAUUCUCCAUCCAGCCACAUAAAUCUCCUCACCCAGCAGGUAACAAACCUGAAUUUGGCAAGUGGCAUCAUAAGCAGAAGCAGUUCUUCAACUCCCCCCACCCUUCGGCCUGUCAUCAGCCCUAAUGUCCCAACAUGGUCAACGCAGGCAGACCCCCAAGCUCCUGAGAGUCACUGCAGCCCUCCUGGAAGCAGGAACCUCCAGACAGGUGGCUUUGCCUGGGAGGGAGAGGUAGAGAACAACGCAUACAGCAAGGCAACAGGGGUGAUCCCCCAGCACAAGUAUUCCCCCACUGCGGGCAGUUACCAACUCCAUCUUGCCCUGCAGCAGCUCGAACAACAAAAACAUCAAUCCCGGCAGCUUCUAGACCACAGUCGAGCCCGGCACCAGGCCAUCGUUAGCAGCCAGACACUACCUAAUUCCAAUUCAUGGACAGGGAAUAAUGCUGCAGGCGGCAGAAUGUCAAGUGCCACAGCCAGUGGCCAGAAGCCAAUCACUCUGUCACAAAAAGUGGUGCCACCUCCAAGUUCAUCCUCCUCCCUGGUCCCCAAGCCCCCAUCCAGUCACAAACAAGUGCUCAGAAAGUCAGCAUCUCAGAGGUCUUCCAAAGGCUUCUCCGCAGAAUGGCAGCUGAAUGGACUCCAGAGCAACCUUAACUCUGCAGCCUUUGUGCCCAUCACCAGCUCCACAGGUUAG